CCUAAAAGAGAGAAAAGAAAAAAAUUCAUUAAUUCAUGCUUACGGUAUUAGAAAUGUAUCAUAUAACUUAAAAAGGCAGAUUGAAGAUACAGUUAAAGCCUUCUUCUUCUUUUUCUUCUUCUCUAUUAAUUUGAUUUUUUGUAAAUGAAGUAGUGUACUUAAUAGAUAUUGAAGUUUGACAAAAGUGAAAAAAAGUUGUCUGUUCCUACAACUUCAGUGCAUAGUUCUUAGCGAGAUAAAAGUCAUCACCUGAUGGCGUUCAACAAAAUAAAGAUAGAUGAGCAAAUGUAUGAAAAUAAUAUGACAAAUAUGUUGGUGAUAGAAAUGUGAUUAAUUAGUUAUAGAACAAACAAAUGCGUUUAAAGCUAAAAUCACAUGAUCUCAAUAAGUUUCACAAUAAUAAAAGAUUUCUAAUAAUAUAGAAUAAAAUUCAGGUAAGGUCGAAAACCAGCCUUAUGAACUCAUUCCCUUUUUCUAAACAUAACAUUUUCGUUUUCUCAUCUCGAGCGUUUUUGCGCACGCUUCUUUCAAACCUCCCUCUUUCAAACACGCGAUCACGUGACUCGGGGCGCGCGCGCUUGACGCAGGCGCAGGAUCUGAUGACGGCGGCGGCAACGGCGACGUACGGCGGUCGGUUAAAUGUCUCGUACGUACGUACGAGAGUGAGCGGUGUGGUGAGUGUGCCGUGUAAUGUAGUCCCGGGUCGUCGAUGCGCUACGCGAGCGUAUGCAUGCCGUCUCCCUUUUUCUCUCCCCGUCUGUUUCACGAGCGAGUGCGCUAUCGUCACGACGAUGCGAUGAGCGUUUCCGCGAUCCGCGAGUGAUUCAGUGCCGACGGUUAACCCAACGGAUAUCACUUGGCCGCACCACUGCUGGAACCAUGACGGUUACGCGUGCCGUCGGACGCGUCAUCGUGCAGAAAACGCAGCGAUUUUGAAACGAACAUAAGGACUUCAAGAUGGCUACAAAAACUGACGACACAGCGUCUAUCGACAAUCCCAAUGAUGGAGAGAGUCUGGACAAGGAGAUACUGACAAUUGGUGGAAAUGAUGGGGGAAGAAUUCCGCCGACAUAUAUGUACAAUACGGGAUCAGAGCAGAGUACAGGAACUUCAGAUCAAGAACAAACCAUUCGGAAUCGUACUCCAGCCACGGAGGAUCAAUUAGGCCCAUUACCACCUAAUUGGGAGAAGGCGUACACUGACACAGGAGAAGUUUAUUUUAUAGACCACAAUACAGGCACGUCUCACUGGCUAGACCCACGUUUGUCGAAAUUUCAAAAAAGGUCCUUGGAGGAAUGCCUUGACGAUGAAUUACCCUAUGGAUGGGAAAAAAUUGAUGACACUUUGUACGGCACAUAUUUCAUCGAUCACGUGAAUCGUAGAACUCAAUAUGAAAAUCCUGUAUUGCAAGCGAAAAGGGCGCAACAGAACUUGCUCGAGAGGAAGAGUCCCAACUUCACCAGAAAUCCCGAUAAAUUGAAGGGCCAAAGGAUACGAACUACAUUGAUAAAGAGUUCACGGGGCCUGGGAUUCACCAUUGUCGGUGGUGACGAUACCGUGGAAGAAUUCCUCCAAAUUAAAAGCGUCGUGCCAAAUGGUCCAGCAUGGCUGGAUGGGAAACUACAAACCGGAGAUGUGUUAGUGUAUGUUAAUGAUACCUGCGUGCUAGGGUUUACGCAUAAUGAAAUGGUAAAUGUAUUCAAGUCAAUCGGUAGCGGCGAGACAGUGUCUUUGGAAGUGUGUCGAGGUUAUUCGUUGCCUUUCGAUCCUAAUGAUCCUAAUACGGAAGUCGUGACCACAAUCGCCGUCAAUGCGCCAGAAGAUCCCGCGAUGUAUAUGGAUUUGAAUUCAUCUCUCCAAGACAAUGGACGUUUUAAUUUUCUGGAUUCUACCUUUUUGCCAGUGCACAGUCUUCAGAAUGGUGAGAAUCUCGCUACGACGUCCGUUAACUCGAUGCCCGAUCUCUGCAUUUCGGACAAAAUCAACACGAUAAAGAGACCAAGCAGCACAGACAUUUUAUUGUCUGAAAGCAGCGAUUUGAACGAUUGUAAAGACUCACCGGUGUCUUCCAAACCAGAAUUUCUCAGCAUCGCUAUCGUAAAAGGAGCUAUGGGAUUUGGGUUUACGAUAGCGGAUUCUGCUCACGGCCAGAAAGUCAAGAAGAUUCUGGAUCGUCAGCGUUGUAAGAACUUAAUGGAGGGCGAUAUUUUGGUCAACAUAAAUGAUAUUAACGUUAGGAACAUGUGUCACUCGGAAGUAGUGCAAGUGCUGAAGGAUUGUCCGCGCAGUGAGGAAGCGUUGAUACAUGUUCAACGAACAACGACGAAAUUGAAGGAGAAAAAGGAGAAGAAUACGCAAGACUUUUUCAGAAGUAAAACGCCCACUGCGGAUAUCUACAGCACUCAGUCGAAGACGGUGAUACCCAGCAGACCGAAAACGCCAUUGAUUGACACCAGGAAUCGUCCUAAAUCGCCGAUCAACGCGAGCAGAUCAAACUGGAACGAGGUGCAGGGCGAAAACGAAUUGAAUCCGCUGGAUAAUCACUACAAGUAUUCCGACUAUUCACCUGGGAUGUAUUAUACGGAUCCGUAUAAAGCUAACAUCACAGCCAAUUUAUCAGAUAAUUUCGCGGUGAUGAAUCUUGACGACGAGUCCAUCAGAAAUGUUCCGAAGCGUGACUGGGCGGCAAAUGAUAAAUUAAAUAUCAAUAACGAUAUGUAUUCCAUCGAUAUUUCUCAUCACAAUAAUAUGCUCAAGCAGAACGGAUAUCUGCAUUCUGACUUUUACAAAGACGUCUAUCCAGUUCAGUCACAUUCCCAAUAUAAUGAGGAUUACAAUAUGUAUUCCAUAGGACAGGAACAGAAUGUCGAUACUGGCGAGAUCUGGGAUAAACGGAAAGAAACCACCAGUUUCGAGCACGAACAACCACAUUCCAGUUCCAUAUCUCGGUAUCCUCAAUACACGAACGAAUUGGUCUGUCCAAUGGUUCCCGAUAUUGAAUGGAUAGAAACUUUAGUAACUUUAGUGAGACAAGAUACUGGAUUUGGAUUUAGAAUAGUUGGCGGUACAGAGGAAGGAUCUCAGCAGGUUUCGGUCGGUCAUAUCGUUCCUGGCGGAGCGGCCGAUCUUGAUAACAGACUCAAUACCGGCGAUCUGAUCAUGUCCGUCGACGGAGAAAGCGUCAUGAAUUCUUCUCAUCAUCAUGUAGUGCAACUAAUGAUAGCGGCAGCACAAAACGGUCGAGUAACUCUUGGAAUACGACGUCGAAUCAACACACAGGAGCAUCUUCAAGAAAAUCUUCAACCGUCUUAUGGCCGACAGAUGAAUCUUCAGUACCCGUAUGAUGUUACAGUCACUCGAAUGGAAAAUGAGGGAUUCGGUUUUGUAAUAAUCUCGUCCGUCAACAAAGCUGGUUCCACAAUUGGCAGGAUAAUCGAAGGCUCGCCCGCUGAAAGAUGCGGAAGAUUGAACGUCGGAGAUCAUAUUCUCGCUGUCAAUCAUAUAGAUAUUACGAAUGUUUGUCAUAAAGAUAUUGUCAAUUUGAUUAAAGAUUCUGGUUAUUCUGUUACACUAACAAUUGGAUAUCCGUUGGACGAUUGCUGUAGCAACACAUCUCUCUCUCAAAAGGAUGAACCUACAGGAGAUGGAGAUGGAGGCCAAUAUCAUGCUGUAGAAUUAACUCGGGGCACCCGAGGUUUUGGCUUUAGCAUACGUGGUGGCCGCGAAUUUCAAAAUAUGCCAUUAUUCGUCUUGCAAAUCGCGGAAAACGGUCCGGCAUCUAUUGACAAUCGACUUAGGAUCGGUGAUCAAAUAAUUGAAAUAAAUGGUAUUAAUACCAAAAAUAUGACCCAUACAGAAGCGAUUGAAAUUAUACGUAACGGUGGACCAUCUGUUCGUCUGUUAGUACGACGUGGCUGCCAGAUGCCUUCAGUGGUAGGUGCUCCUCCACAUCUCUACGAUAUGAAUAUAUAGAGAAUUAACCUUUUGAUAAUAACAUAUUAAUCUUAACUUCAUGACAUUUUUCCCUACUUUUGAUGAUACUAAUGCUAACAUUAGCACUGUAUAGAAUUUCUUUGACGAUCUGGAAGACAAAGCUUUUCAGGGUAUAUAACAUUAGGUACUAUGCUAAGUGAAGAAGAUAAGUGACAAUACAAGAAAAAAA